CAGAGUUUUUGGAACAGCGUUGCAGGACUUUGGAGGCUAUGGAUGUGGCCUUGGCCGCUUACGCGCCGGGCACUCAGAACGCCGGGCACAAAUAACGAGGAUCCUGCAGACCUUGAUGUUCUAACGCCAUCCCACUUUUUAACUGAUGGUCAGUCAGUCAGUUUUAUCGAGCCUGAUGUCACAAAGCUGAAUUUUAACCGUCUGGACAGCUGGCAGCGUGUGUCUUUCCUGCAGCAGUCUUUCUGGUCCCGAUGGAAGGAGGAGUAUUUAAGCCUUCUUCAGCAGCGCUCCAAAUGGCGUGCGUCCGGCCCUGCCUUGGUGAUUAACGAUGUGGUGCUAGUCAAGGACGAGAACCUACCCCCCAUUAAGUGGCCGUUGGCUAGAAUUCUGGAUCUAGUCACUGGUCAGGAUGGAGUGCCUCGAGUGGCGGUGGUUAGAACCGCUUCUGGAACUACCAACCGCGCAGUGACCAAGCUUUGCUUAUUGCCCCUUAAGGAUGAAGUUGAAGGACAGGCCUCAACUGGGGGGAGGCUUCUGUAUAAAGCCAAAAGUCUUUUUACACCACAACGGUUCCAGCUCGUAAAAAGCUUCCUGGAAGAUCACAUUUUCCACGUAUCUGCUGAUGGAUACAAGUUGUCCACCGUUCUAAGUACGACCUACGCUGAUGACACUGCUGUGCUGACCAAAAUCAGUAUUAUCUUGGCUGCCACAUUUGCUUUGCAGGAGUAUCUAGAUGCAUUUCAUCAAUGGGCCAUGAACUGGAACCUGGCAAUAAAUGCAGACAAAUGUGCCAAUGUUACGUUCACCAAUUGUCGAAGUACCUGUCUGGAGUCAACCUCAAUGGAAGUCCAAUCAGAGCCCUUCCUGCAUACAAGUACCUUGGUGUCACUUUGGACAAAAAGCUCGUUGUUGGAUAUUUAA